GGCUAUUUAUUGAAACUUGACUUAACUCAACUCAUCUUUGCCUUGUUCCUGCAAUUUUUCGGGGUUAAUCUUGAUAUGUAAACAACUAGGUAAUUGAUUAGCAGUUGAACUUGUAGCAUUUGAUGAGAUUUGAUUGUAGAGGGAAUCAAGAGAAAUGAGUUUUCAUUAAAAUGUAAUAAACACUGGUUUAACCUGUUAUAACCCACUUUUGGUCAAUCCAAUUGCAAGUUGAACCAUUUUGACUUUACCUUUUGCCAAAGUCAAAAGUCAACUUGAAUCUCAAGUGAAUCCUCAAAUAGACGAUUCAAUUUUUACCAAUCAAUUGUUUGCAAAUCUUCAUUGACCAGGAUUUAAUUGAUCAUCAAAUUAAUGCAUCUAAUCAUCCAGUUAAUCUUGUUUAUCACCUUUAAAUUAGGGUCAACUAUUCCUGUAAGUAAUGAUGGACUGGAUGGACAACAUGAACCAAGGGUCAGUUACGAUAGGAUUUCCGGUCACAGUGAGAGCAAUGUAAAGGUUGAAAAUGAUGAUAAGUCAAUAAGGAAAAGAUCAUCAUCAACAUUGAACGUUAAAUUGAAUAAACAUUUGUUUCCACUUGGAUCAACCUCUUCAUUGUCAUCCCUUGCAGUUGACGUUGAUGGCUUUAAACUGGUUAAAUCAGCAAAUGAUAAACAUUUAUCAAGUCUGUAUCAACCUCAAGUAAACGUAAAACAUUCAUCACUGGAUCACCUUUUCCCGUCCGAUUCCAAAGACGACUUUCAAAUAAUCUCUUCCAACACGAAAUCAGUCCAACCAUUUCCACCACUUUCAUCUUCCUAUUCAAUCAUUUCAAUUCCUUCAACUUCCAAUAAAGUAUUCACCAAGAUUGACUCAAGUACACCUUCCCCUGCAGUUGAUGCCAAAUCCCUAAUUGAAGAUUCCGUUGACCAAGCAAAUCAACUGUUGAUUGAUUUAGAGGAGCAAAUUAAACUGGGCAUUAAUCAAGGAAUUGAAGACGAUUACGAACCGUUAAACAUCUUCUCCUCAUCGCUUCCACUAUCAUAUGGUUUCAAAUUUUCAACCUCAAAUUUUUUGUUUCGCCCAAUAUUCAAAGCUACUUCGGUAACCAGUAAAUUGCACUCACCAACUGGAACCCUUGAUGCAAAUGAUGAUAUUAUUGAUCCGCCAUCGACAAUUGAUUCAAUUGAUACCAACAAUAAUAAUGAUGUUAAUGAUGAUAAUGGCGGUAACAAUAAUAAAAAAAAUGUUAAUAAACAAGGAACUGCAACUCAGAUUCAAUCAAUGAUUGAUGAAGUCAACCGAAUAGAGCAAAAUGUUGAGACUCUUAUAACCGAGUUGGUCACCAAUCGCCGUUACGUUACAGCCGCCGUUUUCCGUUCACUUCUCAACUAUCUCAGACGAGUAAGGAUAAGUCUUGAACGGUUACAAAGUCGAAUGGCAAUUAUUGGUGUUGGCACCUCACAACAGGGAGUAGUAAAUACAAUUUCCUCUGGUUUAUCAUCUUCAGUCUCAUCAAUAGCCACUUCAGUAUCGAACAGUUUCUUGUCAGAACCUGUUUCCGGUCCAUUAGGUGGUUCUUCCGGUGGUCCUUCAAUUGCGACCUCCUACCUUGAGGCAAUACGGGUCCGUAUGAGCCGAAUCACUGAUGAAAUAAGAACUUUGAUCGCCCGAUUAAGGUUAAACUUCUCAUCUCAAUCAUCACCUUCGUCAACUGUAUCCUCAACCUUACCGGAGUUGGCCUCAUCUUCAACCGUCCCACCUUCAACGACAAGUAAAUCAAAAUUGUAAUUAGAAUAUAGUCGAUCAAGUUAAUUUAAAUCAACAGUAAAAAAGAUGUACUCACAUUUAAAAAUAAAUUAUAAAUUAUA